AUGGCUACCACAUUAACGCCUCAAGGCAUCUCAAUAAUGCAGAUAAUUCUCGUGAUCAUAUUAUCACUUGGGUCACACUCCAUUUCGAUACAAGAGUUCUCCAUUAAAGAAGCAACCAUUGAUGAGAUCCAAUUGGCUUUUAAGCAAAAUAAACUCACCUCCAGGAAGCUGGUUGAGUACUAUUUGGGAGAGAUCAAGAGACUGAACCCAGUUCUAAAGGGCGUGAUAGAGGUGAACCCAGAUUCCUUGGAUCAAGCUGGUAAGGCUGAUUACGAGCGCAUGAUCAAAGCACCAGAGUCCCUGUUUGGAUUGCAUGGCAUUCCAAUUCUGCUCAAGGAUAAUAUUGGAACCAAGGAUAAACUUAACACCACUGCUGGUUCCUUCGCUUUGCUUGGCUCGACGCUGCCUCGUGAUGCUGGUGUGGUUUCAAAGUUGAGGAAAGCUGGAGCUAUCAUACUGGGAAAAGCAACCAUGACUGAGUGGGCUUCGUUUAGGUCUCUUACUCUUCCUAAUGGUUGGAGUGCCAGAGGCGGCCAAGGAAAGAAUCCUUAUGUAUUGUCUGCAAAUCCAUGUGGGUCAAGCAGUGGAUCAGCAAUUUCGACUACUGCUAAUAUGGUUGCAGUGUCACUUGGAACAGAAACGGAUGGGUCACUUUUGUGUCCAGCAAGUUUUAAUUCUAUAGUAGCCAUAAAGCCAACAAUUGGACUCACUAGUCGAGACCAGGUUAUUCCUAUCUCUCCCAGACAGGACACUGUUGGGUCUCUUGCUAGGACUGUAUCAGAUGCUGCUUAUGUUCUUGACGUAAUUGCAGGGCCAGACUAUAAUGAUCCUGAAACUAGAACUUGGUCAAAAUAUGUUCCCCAGGGUGGCUUUAAAAGAUAUCUUAACCGUUAUGGGCUGAAAGGGAAGAGAUUGGGAAUAGUAAGAAACCCAUUCUUUAGUCUUUUGAAUGACACCGAUAUUACUCUCGCUUUUGAGAAGCAUUUUCAAACCCUAAGGGAAGAAGGAGCGACAGUAAUAGAUAAUCUUGAAAUAGCAAACAUUAAUACCAUCUUAAAUCCAAACAAAAGUGGAGAAGCGGUGGCACUAUUAGCCGAGUUCAAACUAUCCCUUAAUGCAUAUCUCAAGAACUUGAUUGUCUCACCAGUAAGAUCAUUGGCAGAUAUAAUUGCCUUCAACAUCAAGAAUGCUGAUCUGGAAAGGAUCAAGGAAUUCGGUCAGGAUAUUAUCUUGGCAUCUGAAGCAACAAAUGGAAUUGGAAAUACUGAGAAGGCAGCAUUGGCCAAUUUGGCAAGAUUAUCAAGAGAAGGGUUUGAAAAAUUGAUGAGAGAUUAUAAACUUGAUGCAUUGGUGACCCCUGGAUCCAGGGUCUCCCCUGUUCUAGCGAUUGGAGGAUUCCCAGGAGUGAAUGUGCCAGCAGGAUAUGACAGUGAAGGAGUUCCAUUUGGCAUUAACUUUGGAGGAUUGAAGGGUUCUGAUGCAAAGCUUAUUGAAAUUGCUUAUGGGUUUGAGCAAGCAACUAGGAUCAGGAGGCCCCCUACUUUCAAAAAUUGAAACUCUUGAAUGUUGUUUUGUUUUCACGUUAUAUUUGUUGAUUGAUUUAAUCUAUAUCUUUCCUCGUUGAUAUUUGAAGAAAGCUGAAUGUAAUGUAUCUGUGUCCUGCUUCUGCGGGCUAAAAUAAAUUUCUUGUCUCGUUUUCUUUGUUUUAUUAA